AUGGAUUCUCAAGAAGAAUCUGAUUCAAGUUUUCAAAUCAUGACCUACACUAGUAAAAGUGAUAGUCAAACUAGUAGUGACAAUACAUCUACAAAUGCAUUAACUCAUCCAACAAAAAGAAGUCAAGAUCUCAAAAAAUUAAAAUUAGAAAUUCAACAAAUAAAACAAACUACAUUACCAGAAAUUCUUAAUACAAAUAAUCUAUAUAAAGGUAUUCGGAGAAAAGAAAUAAACAAAGCCAUUACAGAAUGGAUACUACUUGAUGAUUAG